UGUCCUACUGUGAAGACAAAUUUCCUUUUUUCUGAAGACGUUUUAUCGCGGAAAAGUCUUUUUAACGACGGUCCUACUACGCGAUCACGGCUGUAAUCUAAAAAGCUAUAAAAUUAAUUAAUGCUAUUACAAAUCCUUCGCAAAUUCACAUGUUUACCCUCUUAAAGAAUUUUUAAUAAUCAAAAAAAUCCUUUUUACGAUUCUCAAAUCUUAAAAAAAUUAGUCAAAAAAAAAAGAAUUUCCAAUAAUCGAGAGAAAUUGAAUGAAAAUUGCGAUGCAGCUGCAUUGCGAGGGGGCUUUCAAGUGCUGGAAAAUUCGUAGAGUUUGCGCACAUGGCGUGAUUUUGGUUCUCCGCUCCUCAUGAGCAAAGCUAUUUUCCCCAGCUCAUUCCACUCGGCCCAGUUUUUCGCAUCCUCAAAAACAUCACGAAAAUGGUCAGUGCGAUGGAAAAGUCGAUGGUUGGGCUGUAAAAGUGAUUUCUUUGGUGUGAAAAAUCCCCAUUAAAAAGCAUUUGGACUCACGCACGCACGCAGUGGAGUUAUUUUGUGGAAAACACACAUAGGGAGGGCCCUAAGAGUGGUGCAAAGAAAAGAAAAAAAAUGAAAAACUCAGCCAUAUGUGAAAAUUCUUGUGAAAAUGAUGGUGACCUGGGGGUAUGAGGAUGAAAUUAAUUGAUUAUUUAUCCGUGUGCGAAUAAAAGGCAAGAGGUGCUGAGAGAUGCAAAAAAGAAUACACGUACCGUGGAGGCAACGUGCGUAGAGGAAUUUUUGUGUGAAAAGAAGGGAAAAACAAGCAUUGAAAAAGAGGAGAGAAAAGCGUUUACAUUCAAGAGAAUUUUUCAGCCUCCCUCCCGCAAACGUUCCCAAUAAACACACAUAAGUUUAAAAUUGAUUUUCUUAUCGUGUUGCGCGCGCUUUUAUCAAAUGCUUCUUCCUAAAGCACCACCAACACUACUUGGUGCAAGAUAAAAGUUAAAUUUUAUAUUUAUUUUAAUUUUGCUAUUCUGCAACAAAUUUUUCAAAUCAUCUCUACGUGUGUGGAAACGCCAGACGGAAUGGGAAAAAUAUUGUGGCAGAAAAAUAAGAAAAAUUGUGUAUGUGAAGAGAAAAUAAAUAAAGUUUAAGAAGUAUAAUUAUUCCAAAGCGCACAGUGAAGACAUGAUAAAAAGAGAACAUUCGUAGAUAAGAGCUUUUACUCUCAUCCAUCUUGAAUUUCAUCCGAGUGCGCCCACUCACCUGCUGAUUCUGUGGUUCGGCAUAGCAUCGUUCACCUGUAAACACAAGAAAUCACAGCGCCAUCUUGUCCUAGGGCAGCAUUCCGGGCAACAAUGCACUUCUGGAUCGAUAAACGCUCCCAGGUGUGUGGCUUUGGACGUGCCCGUGUUGCAGCGUCACUGUCCGGCACGGGAUUCGGCUACCAUCCACGACGACCACGCGGGAAGUCCAUGGUCACCCCCGUACAUCGCUUUCCCUCCAUCCAGGCGCCCCAGAGUGCCACGCAGAGGCAGCGACAGGGGAAUCAUCAUCAUCACCAUCACCAUCACCACCAUCAUGCGCAAUCCAUUGCCACAGGGCCACAGACGCAGGCUAUUCAGGAUGCCUCAUGCCAUCUAGCAGUAUCACCAUUGCCGCACAUUUACAGCAGUGGCCCAUCGCAUGCUUUGGACCUUGAGCAUGGCUCUAUGGGCAUAGGGACACAGGGGGAAUCCAGCACAGGACCACAGUUGCUGCUUGGGAAUGAUGCGCGUGCAGCAACGGAGUCGCAACUGUUGCCAGCGCAUCUAAAAUGCGGCAUGUGGGCCUCCCUGGCCCUAGCAACGGUCUUCGUGGCAGGCGCCAAGUUCUACUUUGAUCAUCAGGGUACGGGACUGGAGGUGCUGAUCUUCUGCGCCUUCUCAGCCACAUUCUUCCUUGCCGCGUGCACCGUGUCGCUGUGCCGUCGCUCGCGUGACAUCCACUUCCCACCGGUGACACCCUCUGUGGCUUCCGCAGAUCACGUUGUGGUCAACACAACAGCCGAAUCACCACAAAUCGUCCAUCAGCAAAAUGUUGCCAGUUUGUCGCAACAGAGUGCAAAUGCAGCUUCAAUUGUGGCUGUGACACCUCCACCGGCACCACCGCCGCCAUAUCACAUUGCCAUUCUUUUGCCGGAGAAUUCAAAAGAUGUGGAGGAGUCCCCACCUCCGGCGUAUGACAAAAUUGUGAUUUAAACAUCUUCAAAACACCAAAGAAAAGUGAAAAAAAAAAGUAUUUUAGAAGAAGAAAACUCAUCUCUAUGUUAAUAGAAAAAAAAAUGGAAAAAAAACUUCUCCAAAAAAUGAAUUUUCAAACUGCUCCGAAGAAACUCAAACCAUGCAUUUCACCUCUAUCAUCAAAUUCCUCCAAUCUACUGCCCUCUAGCGUCGUCAAGCACUGCGGCCAUUUCUACCCAGUGCGUCGUUAAUCUCGUAAAGCAGCAAAAAAAAACAGUUGAACUGACAAAAAACGAAUAUUUUCUAAAUGUGAUUCUUUUUAAAUAAAAAAAAACUUCUACCUUUAAUUUUUCUAUCUUAGAAACGGAUCUAUAUUGAAACUUAAUUUAAUUUAACGGAUAAAAGUGGAAAAAUGAUGUAAAAUUAAGGAUAAAAAAGUUUAUUGAGUAGAAUAAAUAAAAAAUAAAAAUAAAUAGAUGAUCUGUAUGUCAGAUUGCCAAUAAAAGCCAUGAAAGAACAGAAAA